CUGGAAGAAGGAGAGAGGAAGAGGAGCCCAAGGGGUAGCGGCGGCCGCGGCCAACGACUUCUCUGAGCGCUGACAGGCUGGGCCGGCGCCCGGCGCGCUCCGGAGUUGGUGCCGCCGCCUCGGCCGCUCGGCCCUGGGCCCGGACUCGCGGCGCGCGUCGGGGCGGAGAGCUGCUGCGGCCGCGCGGGGACAGGCCCGGGGCUCGCCGCCCAGGGAUGUGAGUGGGAGCCGACCCCGCGCGGGAGGGCCCGGGAGGGCCCAGCCUGGCGGACGCCGGGACCCCUACCCACGCCGGGGGCUCCGCGAAUUCCGGCCCGCCGCGGGCGCCGGGUCGGAGCAGCCCCUGCGGGCCUGGGGGCGCGUCCUCGCCGCGGGAUCGGUGCAGCUGGUUACAGAAGCAAGAGAGGGAGCAAGAUGUGUACUGUUGCGCGUCUGAAGAAAAAGGCCCUUCCUCCCCUUCCCGCGAAGGCAAAUGUUCUGAAUAAAACUCUGCUUGGGAAUGGCUUGCCUUACAAUGACAGAAAUGGAAGGAACAUCCGUAUCUCCUGUGCAACAGAAUGGUGAUAUUCCUGGAAACGCGAAUCCCGUGAAGCAAAUAGAUCCACUCCUACAGGUGUAUCUUUAUCAUUCUCUUGAGAAAGCCGAAGGAGAGUAUCUGAAGUUUCCAACUGGGGAGUAUGUUGCAGAAGAAAUUUGUGUUGCUGCUUCUAAAGCUUGUGGAAUCACACCUGUGUAUCAUAGCAUGUUUGCUUUAAUGAGUGAAACAGAAAGGAUUUGGUAUCCGCCCAACCAUGUCUUCCAUAUAGAUGAAUCAACCAGGCACAAUGUACUCUACAGAAUAAGAUUUUACUUUCCUUACUGGUAUUGUAAUGGCAGCAACAGAACCUAUCGGCAUGGGAUAUCUCGAGGUGCUGAAGCUCCUCUUCUUGACGACUUUGUCAUGGCCUACCUUUUUGCUCAGUGGCGGCAUGAUUUUUUACAUGGAUGGAUAAAAAUACCCGUGACCCAUGAAACACAGGAAGAAUGUCUUGGAAUGGCUGUGUUAGAUAUGAUGAGACUAGCCAAAGAGAAGGAUCAAACCCCACUGGACAUCUAUAGCUCUAUCAGCUACAAGACAUUCUUACCAAAAUGUGUUCGAGCAAAGAUCCAAGACUAUCAUAUUUUGACAAGGAAACGAAUAAGGUACAGAUUUCGCAGAUUUAUUGAGCAAUUCAGCCAUUGCAAAGCCACUGCCAGAAACUUGAAACUUAAGUAUCUUAUAAAUCUGGAAACUCUUCAGUCUGCCUUCUACACAGAGCAGUUUGAAGUAAAAGAACCUGGAAGAGGGCCUUCAGGUGAGGAGAUUUUUGCAACCAUUAUAAUAACUGGAAACGGUGGAAUUCAGUGGUCAAGAGGGAAACAUAAAGAAAGUGAGACUCUGACAGAACAGGAUUUACAGUUAUAUUGUGACUUUCCUGAUAUUAUUGAUGUUACUAUUAAGCAAGCAAGCCAAGAAGGCUCAAAUGAAAGUAGAAUUGUAACUAUCCAUAAGCAAGAUGGUAAAAAUCUGGAAAUUGAACUUAGCUCAUUAAGAGAAGCGUUGUCCUUUGUGUCAUUAAUUGAUGGCUAUUAUAGAUUAACUGCAGAUGCACAUCAUUACCUCUGUAAAGAAGUAGCACCUCCAAUGGUCCUUGAAAAUAUACAGAGCAACUGUCAUGGCCCAAUUUUAAUGGAUUUUGCCAUCAGUAAACUGAAGAAAGCAGGUAAUCAGACUGGACUCUAUGUACUUCGAUGCAGUCCUAAGGACUUUAAUAAGUAUUUUCUGACUUUUGCUGUAGAGCGAGAAAAUGUCAUCGAAUAUAAGCACUGUUUGAUUACAAAAAAUGAGAAUGGAGAAUACAACCUCAGUGGUACCAAGAAGAACUUCAGUAAUCUUAAAGAUCUUUUGAAUUGCUACCAAAUGGAAACUGUUCGCUCAGACAGUAUAAUUUUCCAGUUUACUAAAUGCUGCCCCCCAAAGUUGAAAGAUAAAUCAAACCUUCUAGUCUUCAGAACCAAUGGCAUUUCUGAUGUUCCAACAUCACCAACAUUACAGAGGCAUAAUAAUGUGAACCAAAUGGUGUUUCACAAAAUCAGAAAUGAAGAUUUGGUGUUUAAUGAAAGCCUUGGUCAAGGCACUUUUACAAAAAUUUUUAAAGGUAUAAGAAGAGAAGUAGGAGACUAUGGUCAACUACAUGAAACAGAAGUUCUGUUAAAAGUUCUGGAUAAAGCGCACAGAAACUAUUCAGAGUCUUUCUUUGAAGCAGCAAGCAUGAUGAGCCAGCUUUCUCACAAGCAUCUAGUUUUAAAUUAUGGAGUAUGUGUCUGUGGGGAAGAGAAUAUUCUGGUUCAAGAGUUCGUAAAAUUUGGAUCACUAGAUACAUAUCUGAAAAAGAAUAAAAAUUCUAUAAAUAUAUUAUGGAAACUUGAAGUGGCUAAACAGUUGGCAUGGGCCAUGCAUUUUCUAGAAGAAAAAGCACUUAUUCAUGGGAAUGUGUGUGCCAAAAAUAUUCUGCUUAUCAGAGAAGAAGACAGGAAGACAGGAAAUCCUCCUUUCAUCAAGCUUAGUGAUCCUGGCAUUAGUAUUACAGUUUUGCCAAAGGACAUUCUUCAGGAGAGAAUACCAUGGGUACCACCUGAAUGCAUCGAAAAUCCUAAAAACCUAAAUUUGGCAACAGACAAAUGGAGUUUUGGUACCACUUUGUGGGAAAUCUGCAGUGGAGGAGAUAAGCCUCUGAGUGCUUUGGAUUCUCAAAGAAAGCUACAGUUUUAUGAAGAUAGGCACCAGCUUCCUGCACCAAAGUGGACAGAAUUAGCAAAUCUUAUUAAUAAUUGUAUGGAUUAUGAACCAGAUUUUAGACCUUCUUUCAGAGCCAUCAUACGAGAUCUUAAUAGUUUGUUUACUCCAGAUUAUGAACUAUUAACAGAGAAUGACAUGUUACCAAAUAUGAGAAUAGGUGCCCUAGGGUUUUCUGGUGCUUUUGAAGACCGAGACCCUACACAGUUUGAAGAGAGACACUUGAAAUUUCUACAGCAACUUGGUAAGGGUAAUUUUGGCAGUGUGGAGAUGUGCCGGUAUGACCCUCUACAAGACAACACUGGGGAGGUGGUGGCUGUGAAGAAGCUCCAGCACAGUACUGAGGAGCACCUGAGAGACUUUGAGAGGGAAAUUGAAAUCCUUAAAUCCCUGCAGCAUGACAACAUUGUGAAGUACAAGGGAGUGUGCUACAGUGCUGGUCGGCGUAAUCUAAGAUUAAUUAUGGAAUAUUUACCAUAUGGAAGUUUACGAGACUAUCUCCAAAAACAUAAAGAACGGAUAGAUCAUAAAAAACUUCUGCAGUAUACAUCUCAGAUAUGCAAGGGCAUGGAGUAUCUUGGUACAAAAAGGUAUAUCCACAGGGAUCUGGCAACAAGGAAUAUAUUGGUAGAAAACGAAAACAGGGUUAAAAUUGGAGAUUUUGGGUUGACCAAAGUCUUGCCACAAGACAAAGAAUACUACAAAGUGAAAGAACCUGGUGAAAGUCCCAUAUUCUGGUAUGCUCCAGAAUCACUGACAGAGAGCAAGUUUUCUGUGGCUUCAGAUGUUUGGAGCUUUGGAGUGGUUCUGUAUGAACUUUUCACAUAUAUUGAGAAGAGUAAAAGUCCCCCAGCGGAAUUUAUGCGUAUGAUUGGCAAUGACAAACAAGGACAGAUGAUUGUGUUUCAUUUGAUAGAACUCCUAAAGAAUAAUGGAAGAUUACCAAGACCAGAUGGAUGUCCAGAUGAGAUUUAUUUGAUCAUGACAGAAUGCUGGAACAAUAAUGUCAAUCAACGCCCCUCUUUUAGAGACCUAGCUCUUCGAGUUGAUCAAAUAAGGGACAACAUGGCUGGAUGAAAGAAACGAACUUCACUCUGAGACCAAAAUAGACUUACAGAACAAAGUUUUGUAUUUCACAUUACUGUGGACUAUUAUUACAUAUACCGUUGUUAUGUAUAUCAUGAUGCUAGCCAGCAAAGAUGUGGAAAUAUCCAUUCAAAACUUUCAAAGUUUAGUGAGUUUUUCUUCAUGAGGACAUCAGUGAAAAGACUUGAUGAGAAGUCCUUAGCAAAGAAUUUUGUAAAAAGUUUUACAAACCUAAUCAGUCAGUUAACAUAACUUUUCUUUGGCAAAAGAAAAAAAUAGGCUUUUUUUCAACUCAGAAUUUUGAAAGAUGAAAAAAUUGUAAUGUAAAUUUUGCAAUGUUGAAGAUGCACAGAAUAUGUAUAUACAGUUUUUACCACAGUGAAUGUAUAAUACCUUGGCAUCUUGUGUGAUGUUUUACACAAGGGCUGGUAUUCAUUGGUAAUGUUUCCUAAUUUUUCCAUAGUUGAUAUACAGUAAUGUCACUAUACAAAUUAUGAUGCUCAGAUAAUUGAAUAAGCACCUUGUGUUCCUGUUCAUCUGUAUCACUGGCCAGCAAUAUAAGCAGAUGUACACUUUUACCUUGUAGUUCUAUGUACUGUAAAUAUUUUUCAAAGCAAAGGGAACAAAUGUUUAGUUUCAUUUGUAUAGGAAAUUUCCCUGACCCUAAAGAAUACAUUUUGAAAUGGAACAAGUUUACAAAGAUAUAACACAAUCUAUUUUCUUAUUUGUCUCCCUUGUAUCUGUUUGUGGUGAGUAUGUUUUUAAAAUAGAACUAUCUCCAAAUUUUUCUAAGACUACAGUGAAUAGUUUUCUUUUAAAAUUUUGAGAUUAUGAAUGCCAGGAAUAUUGUCGUCCAUUUAGCUGUUGGCUGCUAAUAAGAUUUUUCAAUCCCUGGGACCUUUGGUCAUGCAUUAAGUUUAAGCGUAAGGCAUAAAAUAGAUUGUUUUUUAAAUGUGUGUGCUUAUUAAGAUGCAUAAUAGGUUAGGAAUUUUUUUCUAAAGAAUAUAUAUUUUAGGGGAUUUCAGAAAUCUCUUGCAGUCAUAGAAAAGAUUUCCUUUUGUUAGAUUCUCAUAUACAAGGGAGAAAUGAGGCUAAAUUGGUGAAAAAGUAUGCUUGUUAAUUUUAUUCAAGAAUGCCAGUAGAAAAUUCAUAAUGUAUGUCUUUAAGACGAAUGAGAGAUACAUAUUUUCAAUUAAG